AUGGUUAAUCAUCUUGUGAUUAAUAAUAAUAAUAAUAAUAAUAAUAAUUUAUGUUUAUCUAUCAAAUAUUUUGUUUAUAUAAUAGCUUUUCGAAAUAAUUCAUCAAUCAAUUGUUCUCAAUAUAAAGAUGAUUAUGCAGUUCUUUUAUCAUUUCCAUUUCAUGUUGAUCUUAAUCCAUUAUUACAAAUACCCAGAAGAACAAAUGGUUUAAUGGAUGCCAAGGAACGUAUUUAUUAUUUAAAUAUUAUUAAUCAAAAAUAUGUUCCAUUGACAAUUUAUUGUUUGAAAUAUUUACAAAAAUUAUAUAUACGAAAUACGAGUUUUUAUAAUACUAAUCAUCAACUUCCAAUUGAAAUUGAUUAUCUUGCAACAACACUAACUCAUUUAAGUAUUUAUGAUACUAAAAUCACUCAUUUACCAGAACAAAUCGGUAAAUUAAAAUAUUUACAAUCAUUAGAAUUGGUCAAUACUAAUUUAAUAACUCUUCCGAAUAGUAUUGGUAAUCUAUCUUCAUUAAUUGUACUCUAUUUACCUAAUAAUAAAUUAAUUUCAUUACCUAAAACUAUCAAAAAUAUUCAAUCAUUAUCACAAAUUGUAUUAAAAAAUAAUCCAUAUCUUCAUUCAAUACAAUCACUCAAUUAUUUAUCAAAACUUAAAGCUUUACAAACAGAUAAUUGUCCAAUUGAAACUCUUCCACUUUAUUUACCACAAUUAACUGAUUUACAUAUGUCUAAAAAUAAUCUUACAAAUUUAAUUGGUAUUCGAACAUUAGGUUAUAAAACAAAUCAUAGGAAAUUUUUUUAUUUUAAUAAUAAUCAUAUUCAAUCAAUUCCACCUCAAAUUCAAUAUGUUAAAAAUCUUUAUUUUCUUAAUCUUGAUUAUAAUCAUUUAAUUAGUUUACCAUUAGAUAUAUUCAACGUAACUACACUUCAUUAUUUAUAUAUUCGAUAUAAUAAUUUUAGUGUUAUUGAAUUAAAAGCAAUUAUUGAGAAGUUUAAUAUUACACAUCCAUAUAUGAAACUAUAUUAUUUAAAUCGAAAGAAUUCAAUAGUAAAGAACAUUAUAAAUUAA